UGACAGAGUGAUCAUCCUCUGUCAGUUGACGAACUAUGUCUUCGGUUUAACGCUCACCGGAAAUACGUCACCGGAAUGUUUUGUAAUGGCAGCUUUCACGCUCCACGGCUUCUUUGCCAUUUUCUCCAAAAACUUUUAACGUGAAAAGACAAAUAUCGUCUAAUUUCUUCCCCUCUCUUACUCGGUUUAACUGCGCACCAAAAAUAUGAGAGUGUGUAUUUAAUGGAAGAAGGUGAUUCAGCGUUCGUUUAAUGUAAGACCAUAAGCUAACGCCUCUUCCUAGCUAAAGAAGCUAAACAGCAAACAACACAAACAGUGAAUCUUUAAACCCUUCUCCGUCUGUUUGAGGGACAAAGGUCUUUUCAAAAUGGAUGUCAGCAUUGCCGUGUCACUGAUUCGAGGCCAGAUGGGCACUGUGGUGGAGCGGGCCGUGAACGGCGCUGUGGAGACGGUGCUGGCUGAGAUGCUCAAAGUGGUCGGCGUCAAGUUUGAGGAGCUGAAAGCCCAGUUAGCUCUGAUGAAGAGGGACGUCACAGCGCUGCACAGGGAGAAAGCCCUGAAAGAGAAGGAGAACGACAACAUCCGAGCUAAGCUGCGCUACACAGAGCUGAAGCUGAAGUACUACAGGCAGGGUGUGGCAGAGGAACUGCAGCAGAGGGCUCCGGCCUCCACUCUGGUCCGUGUCCACCCGCCCACCUUCACGCAAACACAGAGAGGGGGUGAAGCAGGUCUUUCCCCUUCUGAGGCGUCACCGUCAUGCUCAGGUCAGACCAAAACGACAGAGGGAGCAAUGACAAGAAACAAUCCAGAAUGCACUUCUCCACAGAGCACAGGCCAUCGCACCAUCAGAGUGCGCUGUCACCCAGACAUGGGAGUCAGCUCGGACUCGUCUGACCUGUUGUUACCUGCCUCACUUCCUGUGAAUGCGUCUGCGCAAUCUCUGGACAGCAGCACAGUGGGAUUCUGUCCCAUAGAGCAAGACAUAGAGGAGAGCGGGGACUCUGACGUGGCUCCUCCUCCUCCUCCUAUCCAGGCCAUGAAUCUGGACCACAGGAAGCUAUCUGAGGACAACCUGCUGUCCCCAGAAGACUACACCCAGGCUGACAGCUCCACACUGCCCUCAUCUGCUCUACAGGUGAAGCAGGAGGCCCAGCUGCAGGAGGAGGAGGAGGAGGAGGAGGAAGAAGAGGUCAUCUGUAUCAAAGAGGAGCCAGAGGAGGAGCAGGAGGUGAUGGCCGCUGUACUGUUGGACUGUCAGGUGCAACAGGUUCAUGUGUCAGAAUCAGAGGCUCAAAGCACGGCGAGCACAGAGUGGUCGGGGCUUUCAGCGUCGCAGAGAAAUCACACGACAGCCUUCAGCUCAGCUGGUCCAAGCACCUACCUGAUGGUGCAACCAGCGACCUCUCUUCCGUUAAUGGGCGGCUUGACAUCUGGCGUCCCGCCUCGCCAGGCCAUGCGUCCCUGGACUAAAGACCUCAGCCUGUACGAGGAAUACAAACUGCGCAGGAACGAGCUGCGCAGGCGAAGUCUCAACAAGCGCAGGGAGCUGGAGAAGACGCUGCCUCAGCCGCUGCUCGCGGAUCUGGUGCGAGAGCGCAGAGAGAAGACCAGGCUGAGGGUUGCCAGGUGGAGGGCAAAGAGGAAACUGCAGGCCUGUUUGAACCAGGCUCAGGCUCAAGGUGGCGCUGCGGGACUCUCUCACGCCGGCUUUUCCAUCGGCAGCCAGCAUCAGGAGCUCAGGGCGUCAUGUGCUUCGGCCUCCAGUGGGCAGCAGAGAUGGAGCUCCACGCUGGCUCAGUCCUGCAGCUUCCUCAACAACAACAACAACAACAACAACAAUAACAACAUGUCUGCUGCCAACAGCUUCUCUGACGCUCUCCCCUUCAUCACCUCCACCUCCUCCUCGUCUCUGCUGCUCCGGGGCCCCUGCAUGUCCACGCACCAGCACGGCGUCAACUCGUCGUCGUCGUCAUCGACGUCGUCUUCGUCGUCGUCCAUGUCCCACCUGCAGGUCAGCCAAUCACAGCAGAGCUUCUCUCUCACAGACUCGGACCUCUUACACUGAGGGCUUGUUUCACGCCUGAGGUUUUUCUUUUUUUAACACAAAGCUUGUUAUUUCAUUGGUGUUACUGAAGGGUCAAUCAGCAGCCUCAUAGGCGUCAGUGUUUACUUUCAAAUCCUGAAAGCGUUUCUCUUAAUCGACUGAAUAAAUAGUCCAAUAAGCCGUUAUUGUUUGAAACGGAGGGCAGUGUUUAAGGUUAUUUAACACAUUUAAACCUUGUUAUUAGACAUUUUUAUGUUACAACGUUAUUAUUAAUAAUAGUAAUUAGAAAUAUCAGUAUUAAAAUUGUAUGAUUGCAUUUGUGAUUAUUUGUAGUGACUUUGACAAGUGUGAGGGGCUAAAAGCAUUUUAAAAACAAACAACAGUAGCAUCAGUAUGGAGCUGAAACGAUUUCUCGAUUUUUAAUCGAUUUUUUCGUGAUUAAAACUGAUCGAGGAAAUAAUCGUCAGAUGAAUCGAUUACAAAAUUAAUCGUUAGCUGCAGCUUUACAUCAGUAUCACACAAAAACAGAGCUUGUUAUUGCUGUCUUAUUUAUUGUUUAUUUAUUUUUUCUUUUACAUUGAAUGGACAUCAGAACAAAACAGUCACUGUAAACUCACAUUAAUUUAUUAUAAUAUUCAUGUAAAACUUUCAGAAUCUCUUUUAAACCAACUCUUUUAUAAAUACAACACUUUAUUUGUUUUAAUAUUUCCAAUUAAAGUGCAUACAUGUAAAAACUCUGUAUGACUGAAGAAUAUAUUGAACAAUUUAUUUACCAUGAAAUGAUGUGUGAUUUUUGUCGUGCUAUAAUCUAAAAUGUGUUGCCCUUUAUCCUCGUGUUCUAUUUGGAGUAUUGGACGCUUGUAAUUUAACCAGGAUGUCGACGCUGCUAACAAGGUUUAUUUGUUGUUUUUUUUAACUGAACAGUUUGACAAUCGCCAGAUAUAAAUGUGGAGACUGAUUCUGUGUUUUGUUAAAAUAAAGGUGACAUUUUCACUGUG